AUGGAUAACAACAAUAACAAUUUCCAUUCACUUAAUGGCUUACCACCAAAAAUGACACAACGAAUAACGGCAAAUCUCACAGAUCAUUUAUCAUUGACACCUCAAAGUUCACGUCCAAUUAUUGAGAUUGCAACUUAUGCAGAUACAGACGUUUAUGAAUGUUACGUGAAGGGUUAUGAAGCAAAAGUAGUAAUGAGAAGAACAAGAGAUGACUGGAUUAAUAUUACACAAGUAUUCAAAAUUGGUAAGUUCUCCAAAGCUCAAAGAACAAAAGUAUUAGAAUUGGAAGCAAAUGAAAUGAAACAUGAAAAAGUUCAAGGUGGUUAUGGUAGAUUUCAAGGUACAUGGAUCCCAUUAGAAUCAGCAAUGUUUUUGGCCAAGAAAUACACAAUUACUGAACCCGUCGUUACAGAAAUUUUAAAUUUUAAACUGGAUCCAGCAAAUCCACCUCAUAAGAGAAGUAAAAAUAGUGUACUCAGAAAGACUUCUCCACAUACUAAAAUCACGUCACCUUCAAGUUAUAACAAGACACCUAAAAAGAAAAACCUUUCUGCAGCUAAUAAUGCUGGAAUUAAAAAAUCGAAGAAGAAUAAUUCAUUCCAAGCAAAUCCAAGUCCAUUACAAAAUUUAGUGUUCCAAACGCCUCAACAAUCGUAUAUGUUGUCCAGUAUGAACCAUUUGAAUUUAACACAUCUAACAGGCUUAGAAAAUUCGAAUUUCUUAAAUAACAAUUCAGAAAAUAAUGGUGACGAUAAUAAUAACGAUAAUAUCAAUAAUAGCAAUAGUCAUCGUAAACCUAGAGAACCGGCAAGUAGUACUUCUACAAUAUCAACAAACACACCAUCCACAACCCGAUAUUCUGCAACUCAAAAGCCAUUGCAGUUCUUUCCUAUACCAACAAAUUUAAGCAAUGUUACAGGACAACCAAAUAUUAAAAUUGAACAAAUGGAUAAACAUGUUAAUAAUAAUCAUAAUAUCACCAGUAAUCAUAACAAUCCUAAUUAUAAAUCAAAUCUGCCGCCCUUUAUAGCAUUUACACCACAAAAUACAAAUCCUCCACCUAAACAACAGCGACAACAGGUGAAAUUAUCUAAUUAUAGCGGAUUGAACGAAAACAACAAUAUUAACAGCAAUAGUAGUAAACCAAUAACAAUACCUCUACAUGUGAAUAAAAGUGAACCUACAAAAAAAAGGUCAAAUAAAAAUUUACCAAAAAUGAAACUAAUGGAAACGACUAAAAACUCGAUACCAACUAAGAAAAAUCCAAUACCUUUACAAAAUGGAUAUACAAGACCGUUAAGUAAUGCAAACACUAGUAACGAGAAUCAAAGAAAUAAUAGAUCUGCACAUAACUACUCAAACGGUUCUAUACUGGAGACAUUCUCAUCGCAUGAUAAUCCAACACCUUUGACAUCUAAAUCUGUAACACCUCAUUAUUCUGACGUAGUAUUGAAUGAUGAUCAAAUUGCGAUUGAUAAUUAUAAAGCAAUCAUACUGCAGGUUCUUUCUUCAGAAAAUUAUAACCAAAUUGAUCCAGAAUUAUUUGCAAAGUUAUCUCAUCCGCCUCCCAAUUUCGAUAUAAAUGUCAACAUUGACGAACAAGGUCACUCUCCACUACACUGGGCUACAGCAAUGGCUAAUAUUCCAUUCCUUAAGAUAUUGAUUGUAUUGAACGCAAAUGCUCUUCAAUGUAAUUUAGCAGGGUUCAAUGCCGUAUCGAAAUCAGUUUUUUACAAUAAUUGUUAUAAAGCUGGAAAUUUUGCAGAAAUAAUCUCGAUUCUUAGAAUAUGUCUGAUAACACCUGAUGCCAAUGGGAGAUUGCCAAUUCAUUAUCUAGUUGAAUUGAGUGUUAAUAAAUCCAAAGAUCCAAAUGUUAUCAAUUAUUAUAUGGAUAUGAUUUUACAAAAUUUAGCUGAAGAAGAUUAUUCUCUAUUGAAAAUGUGUUUAAAUUUCCAGGACAAUAUAGGAAAUACACCUCUACAUCUAGCUGCCUUGAACAUUAAUCUGGAAUUAUGUAAUAAAUUUUGCUACUUAGGUGCUUCUAUGGAUAUACCAAAUAUGGAUAACGAAUCUCCUGCUACAAUUUUAGCCAAAUUUAAUAUGGUACCUCCUUCAACCUCAUCAAUUCAUCCUCACAUUGGACAGCAUCAACCUCAACAUCUGCAGCAACAGCCUCAACGGCAACAGCAACCACAGCCUUCUCAGCAGAACAUACCAACAUUUCCAACGGACUUUCCUCCAUCUCAGCAGCUUCUAACAGAUGCCCAUCGGAUGACUCGUAUGGAUGAGCCAGUAAAUGAAUCAAAGGAUUCUGAAAAGAAUAAAGUUGAUGAGCUUGUAAGGAUAGGACCAGCUACAAAGAAGGGGAAGGAUGGUUCCAGACGUGCCGAAUCCAAGAACAUUGACCAUAUUGGUACUACGAAAAAAGAUUUAGAUAAUGGACUAUACCCUAAUAAUGUUAUAGUACCAUCGAAAGGAGAUCAAACAUCGCAUAUACCAUCAUAUAACUAUAGUAUCAUAGAAGAUUUCUCAAAUAACGACUCUUUAUUAACUUCUUCCAUUCUAAAGGAUUCAAAAACAACUCCAAUUAAACUUCUAGAAGGAUCACCUAUGCUAUAUAAGAAAGGUCUCAAUUCUUCCAACACUUAUUCGAAUCCGAAAGUGUACAAACAUGGUUCAAGUUUGAAAAACUCUUUUUUAAGUACCGAUGAAGAUAAUAUUGAAAGAUCACCAAUCGGAUCAAUUGAGAAACAUGAAACACAUAUGGACAUUGUAGCUAAUAAAAUAACUCGAGCAGCAGUGAAAUUGACUACAUUUAUUAAGGACGAACCACAUUAUCUUUCUUCAGAGAUUUGUGCUGUAGAAGAGGAAUUAGCAAAGGCUGAGCAUACUAUAUCUGAGACAAAAGCUCAUGAAAAACAACUUUAUGAAUCAUUUCAACAUGACCAAGUUGCAGGUACUUCGAGUGAUAUAAAGGAUACUGAACAAAUUAAAGAGGAGAAUUCUAAACUAUCAUCCUUAGUUCAAGAUGCUAAACAAGAUUUCAUUCGUUGUAUGGAAAAAUUACAAGCUUUGAAACUUGCAACAUUGGUCCAGGAUGAAGAAUCUGAGAUAGAUAUUAGCCCAGACCGUGAAAGUUCUCCGGCAGUUGUUGACAAUACUAACGUUACUGCUAUACCUGAUGAAUCACAACUUCGAUAUGCAAUUGAAUUAGUGCUAUUACAAAUGAAGAGAGUCUCUACUUUGAAGAAGAUAAGUGAUGCUAGAUGUAAAGCCACGUCAUCCACUAAAAUCCACAAAUAUAGACAAUUGAUUGGUAUGACCAUCGAAAACAUAGACUCUAAAUUAGACGAUAUAGAACAUGAUCUAAGAUCUAACAUUUAA